CUCCCUGCCCCCACUUUUCUUUCCUUCCCCUUUUAUCCUUUUCCAAGCUGUCUCCACCCGGUGCCCCCCUGUAGCCGCCGCAGCGGGACCGGCCGGACCACGCCCGGUGCAGGACGUAGCUCGGCGGAGAAGCCGGACAUUUUGGCAAUUAGAUCAUGGCAACCAUAGAAGAAAUUGCACAUCAAAUUAUUGAACAACAGAUGGGAGAGGUUGUUACAGAGCAGCAAACUGACCAGAAAAUCCAGAUUGUGACAGCACUUGAUCAUAACACACAAGGCAAGCAGUUCAUUCUGACAAAUCAUGAUGGUUCUACUCCAAGCAAAGUGAUUCUGGCUAGGCAAGAUUCCACGCCAGGGAAAGUUCUUCUCACAACUCCAGAUGCAGCAGGUGUCAACCAGUUAUUUUUUACAGCUCCUGACCUGUCGGCACAAUACCUCCAGCUCUUAACAGAUAAUUCUUCUUCAGACCAAGGACCAAAUAAGAUAUUUUAUCUUUGCGUAGUAUGUGGAGACAAAGCAUCAGGGCGUCAUUAUGGAGCAGUAACUUGUGAAGGCUGCAAAGGAUUUUUUAAAAGAAGUAUUCGAAAAAAUUUAGUUUACUCAUGCCGAGGAUCUAAGGACUGUAUUAUCAAUAAACACCAUCGAAACCGUUGUCAAUACUGCAGGUUACAGAGAUGUAUUGCCUUUGGAAUGAAACAAGACUCUGUUCAGUGUGAAAGAAAACCCAUUGAAGUAUCACGAGAAAAAUCUUCCAACUGUGCGGCUUCAACAGAAAAAAUCUACAUUCGAAAAGACCUUCGAAGCCCAUUAGCUGCAACUCCAACUUUUGUAACAGAUAGUGAAACUGCAAGGUCAGCAGGACUAUUAGAUUCAGGAAUGUUUGUGAAUAUUCAUCAGUCUGGAAUAAAAACUGAGUCAGCUGUGCUGAUGACACCAGUUAAGGGUGAAUCAUGUCAGGGAGAUUUAAGUACAUUGGCCAGUGUGGUUACAUCAUUAGCAAAUCUUGGAAAAACUAAAGAUAUUUUUCAAAAUAGUAAUAAAAUGUCUACGAUUGAAGGCUUAAGCAAUGGUGAUACCUCCUUGUAUGAAUUUAACCAAGAAAUGCAUUCCAACGGUGAUGUUUCAAGGGCAUUUGACACUCUUGCAAAAGCAUUGAAUCCUGGAGAGAGCACAGCCUGUCAGAGCUCAGUAGAGGGCAUGGAAGGAAGCGUACACCUAAUUGCUGGAGACUCGAACAUAAAUUACAUCGAAAAAGAGGGGCCACUUCUCAGCGAUUCACAUGUAGCUUUCAGGCUCACCAUGCCUUCUCCUAUGCCUGAGUACCUGAAUGUGCACUACAUCGGGGAGUCUGCCUCCAGACUGCUGUUCUUAUCGAUGCACUGGGCACUUUCUAUUCCUUCCUUCCAGGCUUUAGGGCAAGAAAACAGCAUAUCAUUGGUGAAAGCUUAUUGGAAUGAACUUUUUACUCUUGGUCUUGCCCAGUGCUGGCAAGUAAUGAAUGUGGCAACGAUAUUAGCAACAUUUGUCAAUUGCCUUCACAGUAGCCUUCAACAAGAUAAAAUGUCAACAGAAAGAAGAAAAUUAUUGAUGGAGCACAUCUUCAAACUCCAGGAGUUUUGCAACAGCAUGGUUAAGCUCUGCAUUGAUGGAUAUGAAUAUGCCUACUUAAAGGCAAUAGUACUCUUCAGUCCAGAUCAUCCAGGCCUAGAAAACAUGGAACAGAUUGAGAAAUUUCAAGAAAAGGCUUAUGUGGAAUUUCAAGAUUAUAUAACCAAAACAUAUCCAGAUGACACUUACAGGUUAUCCAGACUACUACUCAGAUUGCCAGCUUUGAGAUUGAUGAAUGCUACCAUCACUGAAGAAUUGUUUUUCAAAGGUCUCAUUGGCAAUGUACGAAUUGACAGUGUUAUCCCACAUAUUUUAAAAAUGGAACCUGCAGAUUAUAACUCACAAAUAAUUGGUCACAGCAUUUGAAGUCACAGUACAAACUAUUGUUCUUUCUCAGAACACAAGACACCAAAUGGAACUCGUUGUUUUCAGGGCACCUGGAAAUUUUGACUUUAAAGAAUAACCAAAAACCAGGAUAUUUUUAUUUUUACUUUCUUAAGAAGCAUUUUCAAAGUGACUGGGCAGGUAGCAGGAAUUAGGAUUCCCCUUCCUGUCUUAUUUAAGUGAAUAAGAAAUACUAUGAAUUUAUUCUUGGUUAAGAUGAUACCUAAAGCUGUCACCUUUUAACUAUCUAAGCUAAGAU